AGCCUCAGCUGCCACAGCAGGUUUCGCGGAGGGGGAAGAAAAUCCUCAUUUGAGCUUUGUCUGUAACAUCCCUCUCUACAGGGUAUUUCGGAAACAGAACACGUGAGGCGGAUAAAUUAAUAACGUUAGUUCAUUAUUAUAUUUAUCUUAACCCGUAACGUAACGCGGAGGUGACAUACCUCUUGAAAAUGCUCCAGUCUCUAGCCAGCAACUCUUGUGUGCGCUUGAUACAGAGUCACAAAUCGACGUGGUAUUUUGUAUCUCUAGUCUUAGGCUAUCUUCUGUAUCUCAUAUUCGGCGCUGUUGUCUUUUCUUCGGUCGAGCUGCCUUACGAAGAUCUCUUGCGCCAGCAGCUGAGGGCCAUUAAAAAACAGUUCCUCCAGGAAAAUGAAUGUCUAACCGAGGAGCGUCUGGAGCAGUUCCUAAAGAAAGCAUUGGAUGCCAGUAAUUAUGGGGUUUCCAUCCUCAAUAACGCCUCGGCUAACUGGAACUGGGACUUCACCUCUGCGCUGUUUUUUGCGAGCACCGUGCUGUCCACCACAGGAUAUGGUCACACAGUACCUCUGUCUGAUGGUGGGAAGGCCUUCUGCAUUAUCUACUCAGUGAUUGGCAUCCCUUUCACCCUCCUCUUCCUCACUGCUGUGGUGCAAAGGAUCAUGGUGUUCAGCACACGGAGGCCGAUCAUGUAUAUCCACACACGCUGGGGCCUGUCCAAGCCGCUGGUGGCCAUCGUUCACGCCACCCUGCUCGCCACGUUGGCCGUCUCUUGCUUCUUCCUCAUCCCCGCCGCCAUCUUCUCAGCACUGGAGGAGAACUGGAACUUCCUGGAGUCCUUCUACUUCUGCUUCAUCUCCUUGAGCACCAUCGGCCUGGGAGACUAUGUACCUGGAGAGGCAGCUAAUCAGAGGUUCAGGGAGCUCUACAAAGUGGGCAUCACUGUCUACCUGAUCCUGGGUCUGAUAGUCAUGCUGGUGGUGCUGGAGACAUUCUGCGAGCUGCAGCAACUGAAGCAGCUGAGGAAGAUAUUUUACCUGAAGAAGGAGAAGCCACAGGACCGCCUCGCCAUUUUGGAGCAUGACCACCUGUCCUUCACUACUGUGUCCAACAGAGCCACACCGCAGAAUGAAGACAAAACCCAGCCGUUUGUCAGUGUCCCAACUCUGGUCUCUCCCAAUGACGAUCCUAUGAUUCAGUAAACAAAGACAGAGCAAACAUUUAUUGAAGGGUUAAAAUAUGAAAGUAUGAGUUGCACGCAAGACUUAAAGUAGAUAGAAUGAGAAGAUCAUAAGUCUCAGCUGUAGACAUACUACAAAGCUCUGCCCUGCAAAUUUUAGUAGUAAAAAUAGUUGAGAGUAUUCAGAUCAAACAAUCUCUUUUACCGAACCACAGUACUGACAAUAUAGUGCUAUGCAGCAGAGAUUAAAUUUAUGUACAUUAAUUAGUGAGAAAAUUAAUAAUUUAACAGUCACUGUAAAGAUUAAGUCAGUGAUAAAAGAAAAGCCUUCUGCUGCAUUUAUGACUCACAGGAGCUAAGCUCCUUUAUGACCUGCAUUAUUUAUUGCACAUUUAGGAACAUUUUAGAAAGUAAUUGGUCUCUUAAAUCUAGAUGAAAUAUAGCACAAUUAUCUGUAGUCUGUCACAAAAUAGUACAUAAAUAUGUAUGUAGCUUAUAAAUAGAGAUGCUUGACAGGUAUGUGAAAUGUACAUAAUCGGGUACAAGAUGUAAAGUAUAGAGACAUAUAGAAUUAACACACCUCUGAAAGAUGAGCCAAAGUGCAGCCAAAACAUAAAAACAACUUUGAGGUCAGAUUGUUUAAUAGAUUUUUUCAGGUGGAACUUUGACAGGCAUAUUUGUAAAGUAUCAUGUUGUGUUUUCUGUCAGUGCUUGUUGCAAACUCAUCAAUGUUUGUUGGUGGAUCAGCUCUGAAAUGCUUUUACUGGAUUCUUUUCAGUUAGAUUGAAAGAGUCAGGGGCCUGUUUUUCCAUUACAGAAUGUGGGUCACAUGGUUGACUGAAAGAGGUUACAGUCAAACCUGAACAAAGCAUCUGAAAAAACAGGCGAUACAAUUUCUUACAGUUUCACUAUUACAACAAUAAGUGAACUAAUCUAUUCUGCAUCUAAGAAUGUAGUUUUACAGUCUAUGUUUUGCAGCAUGUUUGGCUCAUCGUUACAGAGGUGUUAACUAUUCUGUUUGCACUCCACAUUGUCGCAUUUCAUUGUGAGGGAAAAUAUUUGUCUACAGAUAUGUGUAUUUUCUCAACAUGUUGCAGUGCUAUUUCAGAGUUGUCCAUGUGUAGUGAUAAGCACUAUAAUUUAUUGAUUUGUGUAAAUGGCUUAAUGUGUGCUGGACUGUGUGAAAAGGGAAGUGAGGUUAGCCUAGCUUAAAAAGGGAACCACAGAAGGCUGGCUGGCCUGUUUACUGUCAAUAAAAAGAGCUCAGUUUGCACAUGUACUGGAACCAGAAAAAAAGGAAAAAACGUAGGGAUUUCUCUGAAAGGAAAAGGACAUGGUUCCAAAGAUUUGAUCUGUAAAACAGGAGAUAUUUUCAGUGAAAAAGAUAAUGUUACUUAUGUUGUGGAUGAUCUGUAAAGGCUUGAUAAUUGCUCUAAAUUAGAAAAGAGCAAGACAUUGAAUAGAAACUAUUUUGCUGUAUUUACAUCAUUUGAAUGUCAAAAUGUAUAUUUUUAGAUAUAACAUGAGGAAGGUUUACAAAAUUGUGUUAGUAAUUUAUGAAAGUAAUUCUGUACUAAAAACGGUGCAUUAGGGAAACUUGAUACUAUAAAUUCAUGCAGCAGGAGUGCAACUUGAAUUUUAAACAUCCCAGUUCUGAUUAUCUUCCACAUCUGUUUUUAUUCUCAUCAACUUUCCAUAAUUUUAAUUUAAAUCAGUGGAUAUACACUUGCAAGUCUGUAUUGACACAGAUAUGUUUCUAGCAGGAGGCACAAUGUUUUGAGAGAAGUACUAAUUUUACGCCUUUAUCCGUCCUCUAACACUCUGUUUGGCACAGACACCCACACACACAGUAUCACAUACUGCUCUAAUGCAGGCUUAUUUGUCAUAUACAUUUUUUAGUACAUUUAAUAGAAAGACAUGCAUUUGCUAUCAGUUUUAAAAAUGUUUCAAUCUCUGUUUGACGCUGAAUUUCUGACCUCAUCUUUCUCUGCUACAUUGCUUCGUCAAGACAUAGCCGCAGCCUUUUAUAAAGUCUUGAAUGUAAUGUUUUAUAUGCUGUUUGCUACCGUUGGAAUUAAGGCCUGACCAGGGUGCAGCAUCACCUCUUGCUGUUCCGCUGGCUGUUAGUUUAGCAGUGACAUGUUUUUAUGAAACUGUGUGUACAGGUGAGCUGCCGGAAGCUAUCAUGACCACUUGCAUCUGUGUCACUCACUGAUCUUUAAUAUUGUAUUUUAUAAGUCAGUGGGAUUGUUUUUUUUCACCAGUCUGGGCCUUCAUUUGAACUGUGAAGCAUUGAUGCUGUUCGUAUUGUCUGCUGAGACAAGGGAGAGCUUGAAUUUUCUCUUUUACUGUAAGAUGUUUCACUGUUUUGUAGAUACAUUCCAUAGAUUGAUGUCAGUGCUUUGACCCUUCAGCAUUACUGUUUUUUGUCGUCACACAGUUUGAAGGCGAGAGCUGUCAGGUAAAAUAGUUCUAGUACUGUUCAGGGAGUAAACAUUGUGUCAAGGAUUACAAAUGGAAGCACACUGACAUUAUUUAUUUAUGCUGACAAAACUGACACGUUUGGAAUAUUUGGAAUCAUAGGUUUCUGUACAUAUCUUAGUCGUAAUGCAUACAGUUGAGUAUUUUAGUGUUACAAUAUCAACAUUGUAAUACAGGAUUGCCAAGGAGCACAGAGGUUUUCUGUAAAAAUAAUUUCAGCAUAAGAAGUGAACCCAUGAACUGUAAAAUAUCAGUGUCUUAAAUAAAGUGUUGGUUUAUUAUGACCUAA